ACAAAAUAUUUGCCCUUCCUUUUGUUCUGCAGGAUGGAUGAUAUCCAGUUAUGUAAAGAAAUUACAAGACUGAAGAAAGAGCUUCAAAAGCUUUUGUCUGUUCCAGAUAAUGACAAGUCUAAUGAAGACAAACAGAAGGAGGAAAAGCUUCUGAAACUGAUUCAUAAAUUAGUGGAGGCCAGAGACUUCCUGGUAGAUGACGUCGAGUUUGAGCGUCUCAGCCGGCAGCCUCAUCACCCUGGAGCCCAAGACUGGUUUCCCACUGAAGCUAAGCAGGGCUAAGCCUGGUCAGUACCUGGAUGGGAGACCUCCUGAGAAAACUAGGUUGCUGCUGGAAGAGGUGCUAGUGAGGCCAGCAGGGAGUGCUCACCCUGUGGUAUGUGUGGGUCCUAGUGCCGCAGUGUAGUGAUGCGGACACUAUACUGUCAACGACCGUCCUUUGGAUGAGACUUUAAACUGAGGUCCUGACUCUGUGGUCAUUAAAAAUCCCAGGAUGUAUUUCGAAAAGAGUAGAGGUGUGACCU